AUGGACACAGAUUUAAGAAAAUAUCUACUAAAUCAUCAACAACUUACAUGGAAAGAAAAAAUGCAUAUUACUGUUAAUAUUAUCGAAGCACUUUACAAAAUGCAUUGGGAAGAUGCGAUUCAUAGGGAUUUGCAUUCUGGAAACAUAUUAUUUUUACAAAGUCAAGAUUUUUGGUAUAUUAGUGAUCUUGGAUUUUAUGGUCCUGCUGAUAAGCCAUUAAAAUGCAUCUAUGGGAACCUUCCUUAUAUAGCUCCUGAAGUUAUUGCUGGAAAGGAAUAUACAAAAGCAUCCGAUGUUUAUAGUCUUGCAAUGCUUAUGUGGGAAAUUUCCUUUGGAAAAUCACCAUUUAAUGAAUAUGAAAAUGAUUAUGACCUCGCAAUGAACAUAGUAAAUGGAAUGAGACCAAAAAUAACGUCAGGUAUUCCUUUAGAAUAUAAAAACUUGAUGGAACAAUGUUGGAAUGCUGAUCCAUCACAAAGACCCGAUAUUAAUGCAAUUUAUAAUAAUAUAUCUGGAAUGAAUAAAUUAUAUUAUAAAUCAGAUGAAAAAAAAAUUGAUGAUAUUGCUAAUUUAUGUGAUAAAACCUCCAAAAAAAUCGGUCUUUAUAAAGAAUGUGAAAUAUUUGUUAAAGGAAAAAGCGAUUAUAAAUUGACAACUUAUACAUUGUUAUUUAUUCUAACUUUUAAUCAGUUUCUUCGUGGAAUUUCACUGAAAACUAGAGGAAUGGUGAUAAAUGCAAAGCUUAAAAUAGCUGCUGGAAUUAAUUACAACAAAUAUAAGUAG